GCGCGGCCUGUGGGUUCUGAGGAGAAGGAAGAGGCGCGUUCACCUGUAGCCCGGAGCCGAGGCAGGGCGCAAGGCUGUUUCUCUGGGCCCCGCCUUAAGAGGCCUCCCCACACCCACCCUUUUUUUUUUCCCCGGCCGCCUUCUCCGGAGACUCCGCUGGGGAGCUGCGGGGCGGCUUUUCCAUGUGAGUCCCGCGAAGGGGGUGAUGGUGUGGCCGGACGGCAGCGCCGGCGGCGGUUCCUAAAAGCAGCGGCGGCCCCCUCGGUUCUCGAGCGAUGGCUCUGCGGGAGCUGAAAGUUUGCCUCCUUGGGGACACAGGCGUGGGCAAAUCAAGCAUUGUGUGGCGCUUUGUAGAAGACAGCUUCGAUCCAAACAUCAAUCCAACAAUUGGAGCAUCUUUCAUGACCAAGACAGUACAGUAUCAGAACGAAUUACAUAAAUUCCUAAUAUGGGAUACAGCAGGACAAGAACGAUUUCGUGCUCUGGCACCAAUGUAUUAUCGAGGGUCUGCAGCAGCUAUUAUAGUCUAUGAUAUUACAAAAGAGGAAACAUUUUCAACAUUAAAAAACUGGGUAAAAGAACUUCGCCAGCAUGGACCACCCAAUAUUGUUGUAGCAAUUGCUGGAAAUAAGUGUGAUCUUAAUGAUGUAAGAGAAGUUAUCGAAAAAGAUGCUAAAGACUAUGCAGAUUCCAUCCAUGCAAUAUUUGUAGAGACUAGUGCAAAAAAUGCAAUAAACAUAAAUGAACUGUUUAUAGAAAUAAGUCGUAGAAUUCCAUCCACCGAUGCCAACCCUCCAUCUGUUGGUAAGGGUUUCAAACUUAGAAGACAGCCUUCUGUGACAAAACGCAGCUGUUGUUGAUACUGAGACCCAACAAGCUAGCUUUUAUAAAGUAUUUGGCCUUAAACAUUAAAGGUUUAUUUUGAGUAUCUAUUACUGAUACUGAAUUCUGAUCUCCCUGAUAUUCAAAGACCCCAUCAUGGACCAUUUCUGGCAUUCUUACAUACAUUCUGUGGAGAUCUUGCUGUCAAGACUGUUCCCACAUGUGCAGUGUACAAACUAAUCUCUUACAGUCAAAGGGAAUUGCCUUUCAUUCUGCUUUAAUCUUUGAAGAGAAGAAUCCAAUGUACAGAUUAUAAGCCUUGAUAUUUCAUAGUUUUGUAGAAAAACAUUGCCAUGCUUUUGUAAUUGGGGAAGUGAAACUAGCACUUUUUAUGGAUUUUGGAGGGAGUGGGCUAGAAAAUAUGGAAAAGAAAGGUUUGGCUUGAUGUUAGUGCCAUUCUGCACUCCUUGCUGUUACUAUAAGCCUUAAUGUUUUCAUUGUUGCUUCUUUGAAGACUAGAAAGAACAGAUGAUUGAUGUGGCUGCCUGAAUAAUGAUAUUGAUAAGAGUGACCAAAUCAGCCCAUUCAGUACCCAAUCUUAAAUUGCACUUUUUAUUUUCUGAUAUUAUUAUAGAAAUAUAAAUACGAACUUUGCUUUUAAGCAAAAAAAAAAGGGAAAGUGUAGCCUUAGACAAUCUUAGCUUGUUAUAUUUAAUUAUUUUAUAGUUCAAUAGACGUAGACUCUUCUUAAUAACUUCCAGUUAAGAUACUAGUAAGAAGCUUAGUUGAAAUAGAUGAAAAUAAUUUGACCACAACUGACAGGUAUCAGUUGCUGUCAGUAGCCUUAGAGCAAGCAUGUUAGGUGGGAAAUGUUUCUAAUUGCUUAGCAUAAACAUUUUUUACUUAUUUAUGAAACCAGUGUCUGAAGUAAUAUAAAUUAUGAAAGUGCCAUUGCUAAAGGUAGGGUUUUUGUUUAUUUCUCUCUUUCAUCCAUGAGGUAGAUUGUGAAAGAAGGUCCUACAAACAAUUGCCAGGAAUUCCAACCUGAGCAAUGAGCCUUAAAUCAGUUGGCAUCCUCUAGAAUAGCACUGGGAAAGAUUUCCCUCACUAUCCAGCAGGGGUUGCUGCUAGUGUACUUUGAGGCUUCCUUUGGGACCGAAUAAUCCAGAAAUGGCAUUCACUGUCUGGGACAGUGUCAAUGUUGCUUCCAUGUAGUUGAACUCAUCUCUUAACACCCUCUUUUAAACAGAUUAUUUCUUAGAUUUGGUUGUGCUUUCCAUUUAUUUUAAACUAUAAAUUAAUUUUGCCCCAUCACAUGAUUUCUCAUCAUUUAUUUUUGUUGCAAAUAGAGCAAACAUACCCCACGUUUUUUUUCUUUAAAAUAUAGGCAGGUAAAUUCAUAGUGUGUAAAAAAAAGCUAUAAGGCUUUGAUAUUUCCUAUUCAGUGGAACAUGUCUGGUGGCUUGCUCUUAAUUCACCACUUAAAAGGGAAUUUCAAAUAUUACUUGGAAAUACACAGUUUAUACUGUUUUAUUCUAUACCAUAUAAUUCAGCAUUACUCUUGGGAGAAUUAUUAUAGUUAACCAAUGCAAUUAGAAGUAUUGAGUCAGGAUAUUUAAGCCUAUGUACAUUUGUCUAAGAAUUCAAAAUUCUAAUUUUGUAGCAUGUUGUGUGCUUUAUCAGAAGUUUCUCUGAAAAGAAAAAAGCCAAUUAUGGAGUAUUUGGCAUUCCUGCUAACCAAACGAUGUACUUUAAUAAUGAAAUUAUUGUUCAUUCCAUAUCUUGACUUGUUUAUGUCAUUAGUUUGUUCUGAGUUUUACUUUCAAGAAUCAGCUUGAGGACAUGUAUGUCACCUUGUCCAAAGAGCCAUAUACUGGCAAUAAUUAUUUAGAAUCGAAGCUUGGAGAGGUUGGCAUUACAAGUCAAUCCAAUAGCUUUGACACUUCACUAUUUUAUCAAAGAUAUAAUGUUUGUCCCGCAACAUACGUGGAACUGAAUGUGUGAAAGAAUGAAUGUCAGGGAUGUACUUACUAGGGUGUUUUCAAGGCAGUUUGCUCAGUACUUUAAACUAAAGUCAAAUAAGGAUUUUUAUUCCAAGACUUUUAUUAGAAUCUAGAUGUCAGUUCCUUCUAUUCUAACAUUGUACCAUGCAUGGGAAAUUCCCAUCAAAACUCUAUGCUGUUUCAGAGACCUUUGAAAUUUGGCAAGGAAUUACUAGGGAGAGUAAGGAAAGCCAAAAUCUCUGGUAAACACAUUUAGGACCUUUAGUGCUUAAAAGGAGUUUUUAGAUUUAACCUCAUGUUACUUAACACCACCACCCCCUGAAUUGGACAUAAUUAGGCUGUUUCUGAACCUACAUAUAAAUAGACACAGGCUGCACUGAUGAUGUUACCUAGUUCGGGUAAGCAAUACCUGUAAGAAAACAACCAAGCUCAGAAAGCACCAAGAUCCACCCCAUUUCAACCCUGAGGUACAAAUAUUCCCCUCUGUCAGAUAAAAUCAUUGUUCUCCAGGGCAACCUUGUAUAGAUAUAAUAUUGGUAUGCCAGUGGUUAUAUGUUUAUCCAAACUGUUAUUAAAACUUCUUCACAUGGCUGUGUUAUAAUUGCAAGAAACUAUUCUCUUUCUUCGUGAUACUUUACUGAUUAGUCUAAAUCAGUCUUUAAAAUAGUUAAUACCACACAUAAAGAGAGGUCAAGCACAAAGCUUAUUUUGGAGAAUAUUACUCAUGUCUGGAGCAGCCAACUAUCUCUGCAUGAUAGUAGCACCUUUCUGCUAUUUAAGGCUUUCAUCAUUCACUUAUGCCAUUGUGAUAUUAAUUAACUACUUUCUUAAAAUUACCUAUAAUUAGAGGGUUUCUUUUUAUUUCACCUUCAUAUUUUAACAUAUCACCAGUUGCAUCUUUUGAAGCUACUGCUAUAGGUAGUCCUUGACUUAUGACCACAAUUGGGACCAGAAUUUCUGUUGCUAAGUAAGGUGGUUGCCAUGGUUAUUAAGUAAAUCAGAAGGUCAUUAUCGAAUCCAGUUCCCCCCAUUAACUUUGCUCGUUGGAAGCUGGCUGAGAAGGUGGCAAAUGGUCAUCAAGUAACCCCAGGGCACUGUAACUGUUCUAAAUACAUGCCAGUUGACAAGUGCCCGCAUUUUGAUCAUGUGACCAUGAGGGAAGCUGCCAAGGCUGUAAAUUGAAGAUUAGUCACAAGUCACCUUUUUCCACUGUCAUUUUAACUUCGAACAAAGUUCAAAGCCCUCGACCUAUUUGUAGGUCUAGGGCUACCUUUAGUGUUACCUUGUGUUAACGUGUGGCUCUGCAAAGUAACAGUUCAAGCAUAAGCUAUGGCCUUGGCUGUAUUGCAGAAACUUCCCUACUUGUCCCAAAUCAUCGAGUUCGUUGCCAGUGGGUUAGCCUGCCUUCAAAGUUCUCUGGAUGUACAGUACUUAAUCAAAUAUUUGUAUUGAGAUAAUUUAAAUCUAAAUCCCUACUCAUUACUGGAGAAUGGGGGUUAUUUACAGUACCUCAGUGCUUUCUGCUUAUUGCUAUGCAAAUUAAUAUGAAUUUUGAGCUUCAGCAUACCUUGUAGAUCACAUGAGUUAUUUGUAAAGAGAAAAAAAAUCUACCCACCAAUCUUGCAUUGAUCCUAGAUCUCAUUCAUAGGGCCUUUCUGGAAGGCGGGAGGAGAGAUCUGAUGUAUAUAACCUUUAUGUUAUAGCACCCACAAAAAAGUCCAGAAUAUGUCCACUUUUGUUUUCUGUAAGUUGCAAUGUAGUUUCAUGUAACAGCACAAAUCUGGUAAGAAGAUACUGCUCUUGUCAUUCAGCAUCGUGCUUAUUCCAGUAUAAAUUAAAACAAAGCUGAAGAUAAGAUUUCAAUUACUUGGGAGAUAGUGAGCACAUGAAUCCAUGUGAAAUCUCAUACAGGUGAAUAACCUGCAAUAAACAGCCUGCUUGACAUCUUCUCAAAGAAACAAUUUAUUGGGACUUAUUCCCUUUAAGUGCACAUAGGAUUAUGGCUUUGACAUGCAUAUAUUUAAAUAGCAAGCCUAAAGACUUCUCCCAAUAUCAGGUAACAUUCCACCUUUCUAUAAAUUAUGGUUUGGACACUGCAGUAAAAUAGUUGGUCAUUUAUGUAGGGAACUCACUAUUUGGUGGCAUAUCUAUAUUAGUCACCAUGCAUAAAUUUUAAAAACAUGGCUUUAACAUGUAAAAAGCAAUAGAUAAAGAGAAAAUGUAUUUAUCUUGGUUUAAAUAGGGAUUGAAAAGAUAAUGCAGAUAGCUUUACUGAAAAUAACCUUUUGGUAGUGUCAGAUCUCUGUUGCUACAGAAGACUAAAAGAGGUAAAUACGUUUCUCUGACUGGAGACAUUAAUUAGAAAAAAAUGAUAAAGGUGGCAGCCUAAGAAUUCUGACCCUGCACCCUUACCGAAGGGGGAGGAGGCCCACUACUUUGGGGAAUGCAGGACAUCCUGCACCUGUGCAUUGUUUACACAACAGCUGCUGGCAGCCUGAUCAUUGAGGAUCUACUCUCGCAGGUAGUUUGAUUCAAAAGAGCAAAGGCUUAAAGGAAUCUCUUUCAUAAUUCUAGUUAAACAGCAUUAUCUAGUCAUUCAAAUAUAUAUAUAUGGCAGACUUACCUUUGAAAGCAUAUCCAAAAUUAUCUCAAAACACACUCCUCAGAGUCCCAAUGGGAGCCUGAGUCUGUCAGAAAUAUUCCACACUCCAUGUGUCAGAUUUAGCUUUCUGAUUAAUAAACAUGCACAUAACUUUCAGGCUGCCCAAUGGAAUUUAAUUGAACCUACAUGAUGUUAUUCUAAAUUUAGAAGUAUGAGUUCAAAGAGUUCUUUCAAGUCAAGUAGCACUGCAGAGGAUUACCAGAGAUGGGCGGCACAUGAAUUAACAACCAGUUUGCCAGGCGCUGAAAAUGUGAGCACAUGCGCUUUACUCACGCACGGUGCUUGCAUGCAUGCACGCAGCUUAAAAACACAGCUAAAUAGGACAGCAUAGUGUGGGGGGUUGCAACUACCAGGUAGUUGCACACGCAGGUUGCAACUACCGGUUCACUCAAAUUGGUCCAAACCGGCAGCAGCCCACCACUGAGGAUUACCUGGUUUUAAGCCCUCCAAAUAAUAUUGCUAGUCACUCAGAAGGAAACAUUUCUAGCAAAUUAUUUUUCGCUUUCUUUUUAAAUAUGUAGGACCUGCUGACAAUCUUUAGGCCACAGCUGACCUUGCUGUAGUGAUUCCUCCUUACUGUUCCAACCUGAAAACAACAGGAAAUCUAUUGCAGGAAAUGAUAGAAGUUAAAUUAAGGGAAAUAACUGUUUGGUCGGCCACUGAAGAUAGGUGAGCCAAAUACGGAAAAGCACUCUUGUUUCGUCUUACAUUGUGAUCAACAUCUACUGUAGCUCUUGCUUAGGCCUUUAAAGCAAAGAAGGUGAAAUGUGUCUUAGCGUUUUCUCAUCUCUUUACUCUGUUGGUCUUCAUCAUUACACUAAUUUCUGCUUCUUAAAGGAAUUACAAAGCUGGCCUACUACGCCUCUGCUACUGUAAGAGUAUUUCCUGCAGUGAUUGGAGGAAAGAGAACCCUUGCUAUGAAUAGCAGAACCAUUUAGUUUAGGUCACAAUGGGGUGUGCCUUGCUUCAAUUGGAAUUUAGUGUAUCAUAUUGAUUGCACUGCAUUUCAAUGGAUGUUUUUGGAAUGUCCUUUUUCUGUACUGUGCUGAACAGGAUAGGUUUUAUUUUUAGUAGCUUGGAUCAGCAAAUCUUCCUCUGGAUGAUCUUGGGGGAAUUCUAAUUUACAGCAGGCACGCAGCCAUUUGAACUGCCUAACCCACCACUCCUCAUCUAUGGUUUCACUUUAUAAAUAGCUGCAAGCAGGACUACACACGUUUAGGAUCUUUUCCAGUGAAAUUAUAUUUCAAAAGUACCCAGCUUUCAGUAGUCACUUUGGGUAAAAUAGUUUUUUUCCUUGAGCAGAUAUUUUUUUGAGGAAUGCCAAGAUUUCAUUAUUAAGGUUUGGGGAUUUUUGUAAUAACUCAUUCUUCCAUGAGAGACAUACAGGCAAGCAUUAAAUAAUUGCCUUCAAUUGAUUUUUCUCCUCUUUUGAACUUAACCAACAGGAUGUUUUCAUACUGUGUCUUAUAUGAGCCAUAUAUAAUUGCAUUCAAUUUCUUGUACCCUGAGAAGCUUGCAUCCAGAAUUAAUCACUUUAGCAUAUUAAAAAAAAUCAGAACAAAACAUAAUGAUACUCUCAUCUCUUCCUUCCUAUGUAGCAAGAACACUAUUAUAGACUUGUCAGAAGAAACAAACCUUUCCUUUCAAAAACUUGUCUUUAAAAUUCUAAGAAGCCUACAUAAAAGUUUACAUUGUCUAUUGCCUAUCUUUUAUUAGGGUCUUGUAUGUUAAACCUGAUGCAUUUUGAAUACAAAAUACAGGUUCUAUAACUGAGCCCCACAUUCAUGCAAAAUAACAGUAACACUUUGCAGCCAAAAUUGCAUGUCAUUCUGGAGAGCCACACCAAUCAGAUAAAAUGUACUUUUAUCAAUAGGUAAAUUACGUUGUUACUUUUUGUUUUUCUACUGUGCUGAGAUCUCUAGCUAGAGUAGAGGGUGGAAUAAAGAGGCUGGCUAGCUUAAAGUUUCUCUGUUAGAGGAAGCAACAGAGGCAGACUCCUGAACCUUUUAUUCCCCUUUUCCCUAGAGAAUGCAGUUAGUCUGGCAGGAUUUUUCUAAAUAGCAGAACUACAUUAAAGAAACUUACUUUCAUCUGCUCAUGGAAUUGCUCUGGUUCCGUUUUCAGAUAUUUCUUGUAGUUUCCAUUUAGCCUUUGCUUGCCUUGACAUCUCUAUGGGGAGCCAUAGGUUUCCGUAACAGACCAUGAUAUCAAAAGAACAAUUAUAUAAUUGUGCCAUGCUGUCUGACACAAUACAAGUUGCAUCGUUUGCACGAUGUCAUAUAUUUUCCUACAUCCCCAUUGUCCCAAAUCCACUCUUAUCCCCUGCAGACAGCUAUGUGGCAAGUUGUUACGUUGGUGCAAGCAUUAAGUGUAUUAUCUUACAUUUAAUGGAACUGGCAAAAAGGCUAGCCUUCAGAAGCUUUUUAUCUGGCAGAAAUGUUUUAUAAAUAAAGUAUUUAGACAUAAUAGUUUAAUUAUAGUAGCAGUAGCUGAACUCAAAAUGUUGCUUUUCUAUAUACUCUCUGGUUGCAACUCAGAAGAAGGUUCUCACUGCAGUGUUGGACUUCUUUUGCAAGAUUAUAGUAAGCAGUACUAUAGGGUAAGGACUCCAUCUUUUCUUUUCCAAGAGGCUACUGUUUGCAUUGAAAAUAAAUGGUUCAUUAAAUUUAAUAGGGAUUACUCACUAAGCCAAUAUUACUGUCAGGCAUGAUUGCAGCUAUUUACACUAGAAGAAGCCCCGUGUAUAAAUUCAUUAACACAUUUAACGACACAUCUGGUUUGGCCUUUAGGUCAUUAUACAGAUCUGAUUUAAUCAAGAUUCACAAUUGCAUCUUGCCAAUCCUGGGAAUUUCUUUGACUUGGUUCUAGAAGUAAUCUAUAUGGAAGACAAAAGUAGUCAGGGAAUCUUUUCGCUGUACCAAUUCCAUUCAGAUCACAUGUACCUUUAGCCUGCUAAAUUAUUGUGUACAUGGAAUCGCUGUAGUUACAAACAAUUAUGGUUGCAAGUCUACACUCCAUUUAUUUAGAUCAUACAGAAUUCAUUUUAGACUUCCAGAGACUGAGCAGCACUGUAAUUCAAAAACACCUAUGGCAUUAGCAUUUGUGCUUAUAGUGAAGGAAAAAAUAUUAAAUAUAUCAUAAAGAGCACUGCUCUUUUUUCAAUUUAUAAACAGGUCUCUAAGUCCAGUACUUAGAAUAGUCACCAUUCUUCAUGAGGACUAUAUUUAUUGUGCAGUUGUGGGGAAAACAGGCAGCAAGGAUAGGGGAGAAAAUGUGAUUGUGGGGAUACGUCUGUGGAGAGUCUCACUCAUCCAGGUCAUGGUUGUCCCAAAGAUGCUGUUCAAAAGGCUUUGUUUUUUUUCCCUUGGAAAUGUUUUGCUUCUCAUUCAGAACUGAAGAAGCUUCUUGGAUGAGAAGUGAAAUGUUUUCAAGGGGAAAAAAAACAAAAUUCAAUUGCCUUUUGAACAUCACUUUAUGGGGAUAUGUGACUCUUACGUAAUAGAAUAAGGGGUAGUUAGUACAUAUCCUCUUACUAGAAAUCUUCAAAAUGAUCUCCCCAUGGGUACAUGGGUAGACAAUAUGAAAAUGAAAUUCUGCAAAGGUUGAUGUGUCAAAUAACUACAAAAUGGUGGAUAGGAUUGUACUGAAGUCUUGUUUUAGAGUGAGAGUUUGGAAAACAUCAGUUAUGGAUGAAAUGGGGUAAAAAGAAGAAUUUUGCCUUAUAAAAGUACACUGACGAAGAUAGGCUUCACAACUUGAGAAGGAUUUGAUAUUUUGUUAGAUUUUAUUCAAAUUGCAUUCUCAGAUUUAAGUAGUGCAAUUAAAGAAGCAGAUUGACAAACUGGAAAGGUUGGCUCAAAAGAUAAAAUCUUGGAGAUAAAACUUACGGAGGGGAACUGGUUAUGUCUGCUUAGGUAAUAAAUGACUAAGGUGAAAGGUAUGUUGACAAUUGUUAAACUAAAAAAGAAGGAGGGAAGUUUUGCUAAACCCCUGGAAGUGCAAAGAGAGAGGCAGUGUCAUUUGAAAUUGAUAUUAUUUGACACUCCUUAUUUUCUGCUACAAAAUGAUUAGUUACUCUACUCUAAAAUAGAUAAUACUUCUAAAUGAUGUAUCAGUUCAUCAGUAAAAUGGAUUGUGAAAUAAAGUUUAUCUAUAAGGAGUGGUUUAGAUCAAGUUAGAACAGAUUGUGCCUCUUCAGAUAUUGCAGUGAUUCCAAACCAUAAGCUAGUACAGCAAAUCUCAAGCCCAUCAUUUAUUUUAUAAAAUAAAUAAUAAAUUAUCCUGAAUUAUUUAGGAUUUUAUAAACUGCUUCAGUAACAGCAAUUAAAUACAAUAAAAGAAAUACAAUAUAUAAUUAUGCUUCAAAAAAUAAAAUAAAUCCUUCACAUUCCUGCAUCCUUUAAGUCCCAAAGGUCUUCCAGAACAACUCUAUUUUUAUGGGUUUCUUCCCAUGCUUGGGAGACAAAGUGAACCAGAAUAGAUAAUCAAAGAAUAGGGAAUUCAGGCCUCCACCAGUUACAACUCUCAAUAGGCAGGGACCUUCACCAGACAUUGUUUGUAUUUUUAGGAUUGCAAGUAUGCCGUAAUCUAUACAAGAUAGGCAAUCUUUUUAACCUAAUGUUUAUUGAAAGUUUCAAUUACAACAGUAAAAAAAAUAUGAAAACGGAGAAAGGAGAAAAAAAGUUUAAAAAAAACAUAAAGCAACUUUCCACUCUCAUUACAAGUAUAAACCAUUUCAUAAUCUCUUCAUCUCCUCUUAAUAAAUAUAAAACUCUUCAUUCCAUAACUAUAGGCAAAUCCGAUAAAUACCUUCUCCAAUCCAGGUGUCAGAAAAAUAUGCAAACAGUCCUAAAACAAUAACAUUAAUUAAUACAUAUAAAGCUAACAUCCUACAUCUCUGCUCCUAGCCAGAAGCAAAACUACAUUUAAAAGGCAUAAAGUGAUUGCAAUAUCCUAAUAGAACCAAAAAAAUAAAGUUUAACAUGACAAAAGAGUGGCUAUUUCUCCUUUUUAAAAAAAUAAGCCUCUUGUAGAUUGACCCUGGGAUGGGGGGGAGCUUAAAUAUCAUAUUAACUGUAAACACACCCAAUACACAACAUUUCCACGCCAAAUGUCAGUUCCAGAGAGAAUAACGUAAAUAGCAACAUAUCCCAUUCAUAUAAACAUUUCAUACCUCAACUCAUAACUAUUUUUUAAAAAUCCAUAUUCAACUAAUAUAAAUCAUCCUAAUAUAAACAAAAGAUUAAAAUUAAACAUUACCCUGUUUCCCCGAAAAUAAGACAUCCCCUGAUAAUAAGCCCAAUCGGGCUUUUGAGCGCAUGCGCUAAAAUAAGCCCUCCCUGAAAAUAUUUAAAUGCAGAGCUAGAAAUCAGGUAAGAUAGCAAGAGAAGCCCCAUCUUGCUCCACGCACCCUUAAAUAAUAAGACUCCCUGAAAAUAAGGCCAAGCGCUUAUUUCGGGGUUCAAAAAAAUAUAAGACAGGUCUUAUUUUCGGGGAAACACAAUACAAAGAGGGAUACUUUCUU